AUGGAGAGUUCUUCUGUAUCUGGGAACAAAGAUGGGAUUGAAGUACUUGAGGAUGUAUGGUCAGAUCUUCAUACAUUGAAGAGACUUUAUGGGCUUCUUCAGAGGACUGAUGGUUUGAUGACCCCUCAGCAAGAAUGCCUUAACAUUAUGGAUGAGAAAUCAAGACAAUUGUUGAAGAAGCUGUUGGACGUGGCUACCCAAGAAGCUAUUCAAUGUCACUCCAAGAUGAAUACUCAGAUGAUUUCAAAACCCCUUGAACUUGUAAAUCCGCCAGAAAAAACUCAAGAAGAGGCCAACACCAAUACAUCAAUUAAUACUUUGGAGGGAAGGAUCCAAGAAGCAGAGAAACAAGGAAAAACAGAGGCAAAGGAGGCAUGCAAACGGGCUGAACUAAAACAACACCAAAGAUCCGGUAAGACGAUGAAAACGGGUUCGGAUCUCAAACCGCGCAAAAGAUCCGAACACCCGCUUCCUGAUGUUCGUCGCCAUCGAGCCCGAAACCAACCUUCAUCAUCCGGGGACCCAAACCGAUUAAGACCAAGUGGGUCCUCCUCUUCCUUGAUGCGAAAUAUUAGCCAACUCGGGAGGAGCUCAAAGCGUACCCGAGUUGACGCGCCGGUUCGGACUCGUCAAGUGCUCCGCCCUGUUGACGAGUUGACUCGACAUCGCCGAGUUGGGAAGACCAACUCUGUUCAGAGUCAACUGAGUCACCGGAGAGAUCGUGGAAGAAAGCUGAGUGGAACCAGCCCGAGUCUUGUGAGUAAGAGGCUUGCUCUAUUCCAGCCAAAAACCGAGAAGAAGGACUCGUCGUCCAGAUACCAAAUAAAACGGGUGAAGCCAAUGAGGCAGUACUACUCGUCUAGAUCCGAGUCAACGUUCACUGGAACUCGGAGCACCUCCGAGUCGGACGACACUGUUAGUCGGAGAAGAGUUCCAAUGCUUGUUCAUGGUGAAAAGCAGAGGCCACGUAGGACAUUGAGUCAGCACAAGAGGGUGAGUCCAACUCGGAGGAGCACUAGCAAAGAGAAGAAGAAGGGAGGACGAUUGAAGAGAUUCAAAGACAAGCUUGCUGUGAUAUUUCACCACCAUCAUCACCACCAUCACUACCACCACAACCACCGUGAUGAAGAGGUUGAGGUUCAUCGGAAUAAUACUAAUAAUAAUAAUAAUAAUAAUAAUAAUAAUAAUAAUAAUCAUGCCUCGACGUGGAGAUAUCUACGGCGGAUGGUGCGUCGGAGGAGCAAGGAAGACAAGAGAAAGGUGACAACGAGGACCAGAAGGGAACGUGUGGCUGAGAGGAUGCCAGGUCAGCAGCAGCGGCUGGGUUUUUUGCACGUGCUUCUGGAUGCGCUUUUGCGGCACGUGUGGGGGACGCAGCAGCGGAGGAUGGCCCAGACCAAGUGGAGGCGAUUGGGGAACGCCGGCAAGAAGCCUCACUGGUGGCAGUUGUUCAAAAGAAGAGCGGUUGGUCUAAAGCUGGCCAAUCGUAACAAGCCACGUCUCAAAUUGGGCUUCCGUAGGUCCCACACUCGGAGAAAACUAACAAAUAUUAGUACUUAAUAUAAAUAGAGGAAAAACAAGGAAUUACUUGUGUAAAUAUACUUUUUUUUUUAAUUUUUUUGG